AUGUCGGAUAGCACUGCUCUUUCGGAAACAUUGAGUAGUGAACGUUUGCAGAAGUUAACCGUUUCUCUACUUCGAUAUAUUACUGAUUCAAGCAAGGAAGUUCAAUUGCUCGAUGAUUUGCAGGUUGUACUGCAUAAUCUUCAAAAAAAUCCUCGUUCUUUUCAUUUGAAUCCGAAACAUUCAAUCGAUUCGAAUUUUAUAUGGAUGAUAAAUCGUGUUCUAUUGAAGUCAAGUUUGUCUCGUGAUAUGUAUGAAAGAUUGUUACAAUUAGUCCAUGAACUUUGUAAAGAUUCAUUUAUUCUCGCCUAUUUUUGUCAAAAUUACGACUUGUUUGUUAUGCUGUUACGUAUUUACGAGUGCCAGAAAUCUCGUUUUGAUUCUAUCUCUUCAUUGCUGAAAGAUUUAUUGCUGUUGGCAUCAUUUCAUACAUCAAAUUUUCUUUGGACUUCGACGCUUCAGACGUAUUUAGAGUUUUUAUUUGAUACAUUUUGUAAAAAUUCAACGAGUUUUAAAGAACGAGAAUAUCAUAUAAUUAUGAUUGCCAAUUUAUUAAAUAGUCCGGAUGUUGUUGAAUUUACACGUGAAUCUUGUCUACGAUUAUUAUUGUCAAUAAUUGAUGAACCAGCAACCAAAUCAUCGGCAUUUGCGUUUCUUGCAUCCUCUAGACUUUGUCUAAAUAUAAACGAAAUUUGUGGACCAGCAGAAACUCUAUUCGAUUUUGUAGUUCGUACUUUAUUUAAAAUGGAAUCUCGUUCUGGUCAAGGUGCUAUUUUGGAUGUUUUACGUGAAUUAAUUGGUACAAAUAAAUUUAAAUUUAACGAAACAAAAUACGAUCGUUUUCUUCUACUUCUUGCAUACACAACAAUGCUAUUAACGAAUUCAAACUCAAAUGAUACAUUAACAUACAAGGUUUGUUCUCUUCUCUUGGAAGCAAUGAACAAUAUAAACGGUUUUGCUAAACAACUGUGGUUUGUGUUGUUUCAAACCGAUGAAACUGAUAAACAUUUUUUGGAUAAAUACAACUUGAAGCCGCAACAACAGAAUAAUAUUUUAAUGUCAAUAUUGAAAUCAUGUACUAAAUUUGAUCAUCUGCACGAUGGCUCAUCAUGUCCUGUCGCCUGGCAGUUGUUAGCGAAUUUAUUUGAAGUAAUGAAAUAUGAAAAUUUUGAUUGGUCAACAAUUUGGCCAAAAUUGAGUUUAGCAAUUUUGGAUGUAUUGAAUUAUUCGAUUAAUUUUGAUGAGCACUUAUUGACGUGGGAACAAACAAAGAUCAAAUUAGAAAUUGAACAGUUUAUUAAAACACAUCAGAAGUUGAUAGAAAAAUGUUUAUAUGAUCAAUUAAGUCACAAUCCAUUUUGUUCACAGGGAAUAUUUGAUGUUGCCACUGAUAAUUGGAGUCAUGAUGGUUUAGAUGUUGUACUUCGUUGUUCUAAACUAUUGAUGAAAACCAUGCCAUGUAUUGAUAGUCCUGUUCAAAAACGAGCAUUAGCCCAAUGUUUUAUUGCAGCUAUGCGUUCAAAUAAUUGUAAUUUGGCUAAACAAAGUUUAAAACUGAUACAUCAUCCACAAUUUUCAUUGAUAUCGUUUGACGAAUUGUUUUCCGUUAUCGACGAUACACAAUGUUCGCCCGAUAUUAUUUAUCAUCCAUCUCCUUCUACAUUGGAUGAUAUGUCUAAAUUGAAAAACGAAUUACCAUCAUGUUCAUCAACCACAUCAGUUUCCGUUGAUUUUGCUCGAAUAACAACAGCAUUUUGUAAAGAACUCGAAUCUCGAUCAACGGACGAUAUUGAUCAAAACGAACUCGAAUGUCGACAGUCGAUGAUAAAACAAAUCAAAGCAGUUUUAGAAAAGCUUCGUGAUGAGUUAGGAAAAGUUAAACAAGAGCGAGAUGAUCUAGAUUCGUGUCUUGAACAAUUUCAAACUCAAUUGCAUAAUGCAGAAGACGAAAAAACAAAAUUACAUGCAGAGAUUGACUAUUUGAAAGAAUUAGUUGAAACGAAAAAUCAACGAAUAAAGAAAGUUGAACAAGAACGUGAAUCGAUUGUUAGUGUCAUCAAAGGAGUUUGUGAAUACAUACAAAUAUCUACUAAUAUGGAUGAUAUUGAGGCAGUUGAAAAAGAACUGUCCAAGGAGCGUGAAGCAGUUUUAAAAAAAUUAACAAGUAUUUGGGGACCACAAAUGGCACAAGACUUUGUUUUUCCAAAAACAAAUGAAACACGUCAGCAAAUGACAAUUGAAGAUUUAAAACUACUCCAUUAUGAUGAUCCACAUGAACGUCUCGAACGUUUGCGUUCGAUGGAACAUUAUCGAACGACCACAGAACAGUUAGAUUCAUCUGAACUUGAAGAAUGUUAUCAAUCAUUUGUACGCGAUCAGUUGGCACAACAUCCACCCGACAACCUUGAAUAUUUUGUACGAAACCAUUCUGAUAUUGACAAGGCACAAAGAUAUUUAGAACUAACAAAAGAUCAUUUAAUAAAUCCUCAACAAUCACAUUUAUUAUUCAAAUGUUCUAAACUAAAUGAAGACAAGGCCACAUUGCUUCGAGCAACGGCAAUGUCAACACUUCAACAUUUAAACGAUGAUCAGAGUGUACAAAAAUAUUUUGCUGAAAAACUAACGCAAAAUCAUCCAUUUGAUCUCAUGUAUGCGAUUGAAGGCCGACAAGAAUUUGAUGCAGAUAAAAACGUGAACUUUGGUGAUAAGCAUGAUGAAUUAAAACCAUCAAUGUUCGAUCUUUCAAAGAAAAAUCGUCUAAUAUUUGAAAAAGAUGACAAAAAGUAUAGAGUAACAUUCCUGAAAGAUUAUGAUCCAUUGAAAGCCCUCUAUGAACAUCCACCACCACCUCCACCAUCGACUCGAUUAAUUUAUGGACGUAAUGAUAAUGUGAAUUUAUUAAAGACAAACAAAUCACCACAAGCUCUAUUAGGCCUUUCACAUGAUUAUUCAUUAUUUAGUACUGAAAAUUCUACUGUUCAAGGACAUGUAUCGCAAACAUCAAAUAUUCAUCGUGAAACUUUUCCACCAUUAUCAUUGUCAGCUCUCAAAGAAUAUCGUCCAAGUAUAACACCGAAACUAAAACAACGAACACCAAGCCAGAAACAACAACAACAACGUCUUCAUCAACGAGAUUUUAUUUGGAAAGAGUCUAUUCCUUCAAGACUCGCGGAACAAAAAUUAUCAACUUAUACCACAUCACCGUUGGAUUUUUAA